AUGGCAUCUACACGUACUACGAGUCGAUACCCUGCUCUCUCUGCAAAGGCUAGGAGGCCGAGGGUACUCAACAAAGACAAGCUUAGCAUGCGGGACGAGAUAAUUGUAGCCGGAGAUGAAAGCGACGCAAAGCGUCAGCCAUCGCGAGAGCCACGGUCGUCGCCGUCGCUGUGUCUCGACGAGAUUACGAUACCACAACCCGAGUCCAAAGAGACAAGUGACAAACACCCAAUACCGCCCGAUGGGGAAGAUACGUUAUCUGAGUAUGAUCUCCUCUGCUCUGGCGACAUAGAUCGGGCUGCACCGAUGCCUCCUCCAGGAUGGCCUUCGGAUGACCAGAGGAGGUGGAAGCCUCUUCAGAGGCAAAUACCUUUGUACACAUCCGUAUUCGGUCGUAACCAGCUAGAGCGUCCGAGUCCCUUCACGCGCCUCUUUGUCCGCACAACCGGCGACGGUUCACUUCAUGACGAUGCGUCCAGCGUAGACUCCCGUCAAGAGGAUAUCAAGCCCACCCUCACGCAACAAGCUCCUCCUGUCCCUGUUAGGAGCAAAUCUUCCAGAGCAUUAGCCACCUCGAGGCGAAGCACCAAACAGGCAUCGGUCAGCAAGUCGUCCCAUAAGCGAAGCCGAAAGGGCGCAUCUCGCGAUGAUCACGACCAAGAAGGGGAUUGCCUUAUGGGCGAAGCUGAUGUCCCCAAGAAGCAAGAGGACAAUGGCCCUUGGGUGUGUCCGUUUUUUAGAAAGGACCCAAUCCGUCAUAUGGACUGCAUAACCCUCACGUUGAACCGCAUCCAAGACGUCAAGCAACAUCUCACCCGACGACAUACGGCUGAAUUGUACUGCUCGACAUGCUUUCAAGAGUUUCAGCUCCAUCAGGAGUGGGAACAGCAUACUCAACGCAGGGACUGCACAAGGCGGCCUUGUCCGCCUCACCGAGUCACGCCACAAGCCCAGGACCGUCUUAAGGUCCGUGUCGAUAGGACAAUGACUGCUACAGAGCAGUGGAAUGAGAUCUGGAAGAUUCUGUUUGAGGAUGAGAAACCACCACAUAGCCCUCAGCAGGGCAGUGUGAUUGGGGAGGUGAUUAGCAUCAUCCGUGAUUGCUGGCAUGAAGAGAGUGGGCAGAUUCUUUCUGAGCUUGUUAGAAGUGAAGGAAUAUCUGAGAAUGAGGCUGGUGUUCUUGGGAUGCUUCUGCCUGGGCUUCUCGAUCGAGUCGAAGCUCGGGUUGACCCCCCGCAGCACGACUCUGGGGUGUCUGAAACCCCUUCUAACACAGACAGCAGCACCCCCUACAUAACUGACCAGACAGGACAGACUCUUGAUAUUGGAGGCUCAGCAUUUCUUGCACCGCCCAGCGACUAUAGCGCUACCCCCAAGCUAUCCAAAAGCCCUUCGCCAACGACACCGAUCUUGCCCGACAUCUCGGGCUCGAAUUUUCAAUCUUUGAAACUAGAACCAUUCACAUAUGAUCCAUCUCCGCAAGAGGAUUCUUUCGACCAGAUGAUGGAGCAGCCGUAUGUAACCUCGGCUGACAAUGACGAGCUCGCCAUGGCAUUUAGUGGCCAGCUGGAGGGGAACUGUCUGGAAACCCGCGGACUUAUCGGCUAUAUGGAUCCUGUGAUAGAUUACCACGGUCUGGGCACCUCGGCCUUUGCGCCUGGCAACCCUGUUUGGGCCCCCCAAUAUCCUGGGCACCUCGACAUGUUUGACGGGAAUGAUGUGACUGGUGAGUCGGUGCUGCCGCAACCAUUCGAUUAUCCUAAUGCCAGACGAGCAGAUCUACCACCCAUGGUGAAUCAACCCUUGAAGCAAAGAUGUCAGGGUGAUCCCAACAUACGUUAA